AUGGAUGAAGUUACUGUGGAAAGGCUGAUCCAGAAAUACAAAGAUAAUGGGGAACUGGACCGUGAUGAUCCAGCACUGUCAAUGUUAAAAGCUUGGCCAGCAUCUAGAAAGUACAAAAGUAACCCUGAUAAACUUCCAGGCCUUGAACAAGUGGUAUGUUAGUUCUGUAUGAAAUAGCUGUCUUACAUAUUAUUUCCGGAUUGAAGUUAUUGCCCUGUUCCAUGACAUCUGCCCUUCUUUCUUAACGGAUUUGUUGAAUGGAGCUUGUAUCAUAUAUUCAGGAAUGUAUCCUUGCUCUUUACCAAGAAUCUAAUCCUUACAGCUCUCUAAAGGAAGUAUUUAAGUUUGGGAGAAUUUUGUCUGGCCUUUGGUCAUGCAUAAAUGUCUGCUUGUAAGGGUAAAUGUAAGCUGUGCUGUAAACAUCAAGAGAUCAUACAGUUUUUAAUCACUAUUAUUAUUAUUAUUGUUAUUAUUAUUAUUGUAACCAUGACAUUCUUUUAAGAGAAAUACAACCAUUCAAGGCAAAUGAAAACAUGGACGAGUAACAGAUCCCUGAAGUAACAGCAAAAUUAAGAGUGUCAGAGAACUGAUUUAAUAAUAUUAUACAUAGUAAUCUGUUAGGUUGUUAUUGUUGUUGUUGUCUUUUAGGCUUUGAACACAAAUGAUGUUUGGUCUUUUUGUACACCUUUGCAAGCUGUAUGCCUAAAAUCCCUGUUAAAAUUUAACAUGGGAUGGGGUUCUGCAAUGAUUGUCAAAACAUAGCAAACUACACAUUUGUUUGAAUAAAUGACCUAAUUUUGUUGUAAAAAUAUGGUAACUUUCUUUAUCGAGUCGAAUGAAGCACUUGGCAUUUUCUCUUUACAGAUAAAUCGUUAUUUGGAGAUUCUUCUAGAUAGUGAAAUGAACUUAGACAACCAAUAUGAGAAGUUCAGAGACAAAGAAGACAAAAUCAAGAGGACAUUAAUCCAUUAUGUGGCAGAACUUGGUUUUUUAGAUGUAGCAAAAACACUUGUAAAAAAGUGUCCUUUGCUCCUUGGUCUGAGGACAGCAGAACAAGUAGAACCUGAGAAAAUCAGACGUUUGUUACCAGCUGAGGUGGCAUUAGUGGCAGACAAUGAUGAGAUGGCUGCUUACUUGAUCAGAAUGAUGUGGCAUGAAAGGUAGAGUGACAUCGGUUGGAAAAAAAGGGUUAGUCUAGAUGUGUCGCUACUGUCACCCUGGAUGGAAUGCUUCAUUCCAUCAUGGGAUGUCUUCCUUUCUCUCUUUAGUCAUGUGUCUUGCUUGAGAAUACAGCACCUUGAUCUCCCUAGGAAUUACAUCUAGACCUCUCAACCUGAGCUCAAAAAUGAUAAUAACCAUCAAGUCAGCAGUGUGGAGGGGAGAGGGGUAGUAAAACAAUCAGAAUAUAAAUUCUUAAAAUAACCUAUUAAUUAGUUUCACAUAAAUUUUAUUCUUUAAUUUUAUCCCAAUUCUCUUUAGUGUGCAAAGGUUAUUUUCUUGGAAACCUGAUGAUAUGAGAAAACCUCAGCCAUCUUUCUUCAAUUUACAUUCCAUUAUUGAGAAUCCCAAAAUGAAGGUAAGGAGAUAUUUAUAAAGACAACUAGUGCAUUGAUCAAUUCAAAGCCACAAAGUGACUGGCAUUUGAUUCAAAGGCCUUCCCAGAGGUGGAGAAUUUCAAGUUUGCAUGGGUGGGGUGGGGUGGGGUGGGGUGGGGUGGGGAAUUUGAUCCGAGUUGAUCUGUGCAUAACAGAUUACUUGAAGGGUUAACACUUUAGCCCCAAUAGUGACCAGCAUCUAAUUUCUCCUAACAAUAUAACUGCUUGAUAAAAUAUACAGGUAAUGAGAAUGAAUGCGAUGAUCACUAAUGAUGAGAUGUCUUGAUGUUUGAACAAAUUCUCUCAAUCAGUAAAAUAAGAAACAUAUGGAGAAACAGUGAAGAGAAUAUACAUGUUGAUAUUGGGGCUUAAAGGGUUAAGAAGAUGUGUGCUGAAUUGAAGUGCAUUCAUUAUUAUCUCCAUGACCUUGAAGCUACUAUCUUGAUGUCCUUACACACAGAACAUAGAGAAUCAAUAGAACCUUCUCGUCUGGUUCAUAUUGAUACAAAAGAUGAUUGUUUAUCAUCACGUUUUCAGAAAACAGUAGAAGCUUUAUUGGACCAAAUGGUGAUUCCCCAUUGGCCUUAUCUACCACAAUGCAAAGACACCUAUGACACAGAUGAAGAGGAAGAAGGAAUUGAAGGAGCCUGGAGUACAAUUACUGAUGAUCCCUUGAGCUAUCAUUUUUAUUAUCACAUUUUGGAUGGUAAUGAAGGAGGAAGACCUCCAAAGAUUAUAGAGGCAGUGGAAGAUAAACAGAUUGAUAACAAGUACUUUAGCCUCAAGGACAAAUCAUGCUUACACUUGAUUGCAAAGAGCAAACAUAUGGUAGGGUAACAAACUGAUGCCAAAGGUAUUAAUCAUAUUUCUCCAUAUUCUUGGAUUUAUAAAAAAAGGGGGGCUGUUGCAGUCUGUUUUGAACUGCUUGUCAGACUCUAACAGUUCAAUGAACAUACUUAAAAUAGCCAAGAAAAUUAGACACCUUGUACUAGCUUGCACUGUAACAAAUUUCUUACAAAAAAUAUUUCUUACUCUCAAUUUCAGGAGGCUUUGCAGCAUCCUGUGGUCAGGAUGUUGAUUAAAACAAAAUGGAACAGUUAUGGAUUUGUAUUUCUCUGGUAAAUUUGUUUGAUGAUUUUUUGGGGUUAAAGUAAUAUAACUUACAGGUCAAGGCAGACCAGAGAAUGUUCUUAAAGGGGGAAUUAAGCUGGUAUCCCAUUGCAAACUAUCUGAGUUGUUGAUUACUUUCUCUCAGAGAGAUUAAGAGCUGGGGUCAAUUAGCUUCUAUAAAAAAAUUAUGAAUAAAUUACUUGUUUAAAUUUAUGAGGUUUAAUCUUUAGAACAAAAACAUCCAGAGGCAAUUUUUAUCUCGAGGAGUAGUAAAUAUAAAAGAGAAUUGAAAAGGCUUCACCACUUGAAACUUUCAUCAGGAUGAUACAGUCAACAUAAUUAUGUACGAAUUUAACCUUGCUUGCUUUCCACAGCCUUCAAGCGGCAUUCUAUGUCAUCUUCUUGCUCUUCUUGUCGUAUUCUCUGAUACAUGGCUCAACAAGAACGGAUCCUACCCAGUACAGGGGUGUGACGGAUUUCUUGCGUGGAAUUUGCGAGGUUGUCACUCUUGCUAUGGCUGUCUUUUAUAUCUGUGAGGAAUUCAAUCAGAUGAGAGUGUAAGUGACACUUGUUCUUAAUCAGACGAGCGCCUCACAAUUGAAAGCUCAAUUUACAUUGGGAAUCAUUACCCCUUGGUGAAAACGGAAUUUAAAUCUUGUUUAAAUACGUCCUGUUUUUGCAAAGUGGUUCAUUUUGGCUUCAAACAGAUUUAAGAUGAUAAAACCAUGCAAUUGUAGAUCAGUUUCUAUGUCACAUUUUAGCAUUUCUAAGCGUUAAAACAGUACUCACAGUGACAAGAUAGAAUUUCCCUCUUUGUGUCUUUGUGUUUGUAUAUGAUUCUUGUUCUCCCUAAACGUUUCGUAAAAUCUAUUGUUAUGCCAUGUGACCAAGCCUGCCACAUGAUGCAGUUCGGCCAUUGUUCAUAUAAUUUGUACAUUUGUCAACUGUUUUCCAUGUUGGAAAUCCGAUGAUACUUAUGAAUUUAACUCUGAAGAACAAGGAAACUAGUCAACAUAAACUCCUCUAUUGAUUGACUCUCCAUUUACGGCAGUAAUAUUUCAAGAGUCCAGAAAGUCUGCUGAUAGGGUAAACGCAAUAGGGAACGGCCUGGGUUGAGGAAGGGAAGGGAGCGCUAGUUGAGGACAGAGCCUAGCAGCCCUGAUUGAUCACACCUGAAAAAAAAAAAGGCCACUGAAUUAAUCGCGUUAUCAUUAAGAGAGUCACAUAUAUGAAUACACAAGAACAAACUUUAUUUUGUCUGAUUUUUAUCAGAGAUGGGAGCACCUACUUCACAGCUUGGAUGACCCUGUUUGACUGGUUAGGCCUGCUGCUGAUCCUGUGUAUAAUACCUCUACGGUACACUCACAGCAAGUUACAGUGGAGGGUGGCUUCCUUAGCCUUCCUUUUCAACUUCUUGAGGAUAUUUAAGUUUUCCUGCGUGACAAGGUAACCUUCGCACCCGUUGUAACCGUCGUAAAAGUCAAGACUAUUAACACUUUGGAAUAAGUUGCUUACAUUGGUAAUGAGUCAAUUUAUAAAUCUAACACAGAUUUCAGAUUUAAGGCCUAGGCGUCGGUUCUGCCGAUUUUAGAUUCUCAUAGAGAAAACUGAGAAAAUUUGAAUCUAGUUUUGAGAGCUUUUUUUUUUAAGUCAAAUAGUUAGCGCUGCACUUUGAUAAAAUAUCUUGCCACUUUAGUAGUCAAUAAUGUUAUUUAUAUACUAAAUGAAUACGAGAGUAAUCGCAAUAGUGAACUCUACUUAAGCAAUAAUGGAAAUUAGCAGUAGUGCUUUUUGCCGGUGAAGAUUACUUUCGCAUUCAUUUAUUAAUCCGUAGGUCACUUAUGCGAUUUUUAUAUCUUCGCAGUCCUUUAACAUUAUUUACAAUCCAAAAGCAAAUUGGAAGCAAACUAAGCGUAACUGUGACACGCGCUAAGGUCCAAUGAUUCGCCCACGAUCGAGCAUUUUCAGAUACUAUUUGACACGUUUCUUUCAAUUUCUCAGAGUUUUAAAUUGCUUUUUGCUUUGUUUUUUCUCCUUUCUGUUGAUUGAUUUAAAUUUGCGUUUUCAAACGUCUAACCACCCUCGCAUCUUUUCCAGGACUACAGGGUUAUACACCAAAACCUUGGCGAAGAUCAUUUUACACGAUGUCACCAAAUCUAUGACUGUUUUCGUUGUCAUCCUCCUCUCCUUCUGUGGUGCAAUAGCUUUAUCUCACCGUUACUCCACUGAAAACCACCACUUUAGGUGUGUAUUGAUUUCUCCUUCAUGAAGCUUUGUUUUAUUCUGGAAAAGAGUUUCUAGCGGGGGUUUUGCUCAUUGGUUUGUUUAAGGAACAAUGCCAGUGUUAGUUGGCAGUUUUAAGAUCAAAACUAUUUGGUUUGGUUGACCGAGAAAUUCUCAAUAUUUACAUUUCAAGAUUACAAUGAGGAUUAUUUGAAUCAAGGAAAUAUGAGCUUCCAAAACGGCAUGGUAUUCAUUGAGCCCGAGUUAAGUGCUGAAAAAUUUAUCAUUUAAAUUUGCGAUGAUUUUUGUAUUUACGUAUAAUGUAUUACGCAUAUUAUUGUUUUAGGAACCUUGAAGACGUGUUUAUCAGCGGAUUUCGUGCAUUGACUGAACAACAACCUAUGGUGGUAGAAGAUUAUUCAGCAUUCAAGUAAGUGCGACUGACAAGGAGAAAUUAUUUUUAGCAAUUUUGGUUAUCUAGAUUAUUUAGUGAUAUCUACCACUUGGACGUUGCAAUUAUAGGCACAAAAUAUGCGAACACGUCUCAACAAAUCAGUUUAUAUUAUCCGUCGUAGUUUCGAACGAGAGCGUGGCUAAUGGUGCUUCUCCAUCACGAAAAGCAAUUGUAAGCUUGCCCUUAGUCGUUGUACUCCAGUCAAGUAAUCAGCUGCAGACCUCCUUUCACGCAGGCAUCUUCUUAAGAGAACAAUAUUUCUGUAGCUGGGAUUAUAAUCCUGAAGGUGGCUCUGUUUUGGAAAGUUUGCAAUUUUUUAAUCCCAGUGUUGUAUCUUGCAGCUGGCUUUCAAUUCUGCUGAUGAUGGCUUACAUGGGAACAGUGACUGUGAUUCUCCUCAAUAUUCUCAUUGCACAGAUGAGUACGACAUACACACAGGCCAAGAAAAUCGCUCGUCUGGAAUACGAUGUGGAUCGUAUUUUACAGCUCACUCGCAUGGAGAGAUUUCCUUUUCUGGUAUGAACGCAUUCGUCGCUAAUGAAUGUGCGGCGUCUAUGAGGGAGAUAAAGAACCGGCAGGGGAAGGAGGAGGUUGUGAAUAUUAGCAUUCCUCGUUUUAUAUAUUUCUUUCCUUAUGCAGAACUUGCGUGUGAAGUAUUACAAAGAGGGAGAUUGGAUCAGUGAAAUUAAACUCGCGCAAGGUAUGAGUGAAUAAUUUUACUAGGACUGCUUCCAGCUCCAUUGUUAUAUGCAGCAGUAUGAGAAAACAGUUUUUUUUGUUGUUGUAAUCUUGUUGCUUAUUUGUAACUUUCUGAAAGAGGUGAGAUGAAGGAGACCUUUUACUCAAUUAAACAGAGAGAAUAUACUUUGUCUUCCUAUGCCUUAGCAGCUGCAAGGCGCUUCAAAUGUGAUCUUGGUUUAUUUGUAGAGCUUCUUGAAUUCAGUGAGGAUCGCAGCCCUUGGGAGUCGGUGGAAGAAAAACUUGCUGCAAUCCGGUAACUAUCAUUCCUUAUCAUAUUCCCUCUCUUUCAUUAACUUUUUCUCUCAUCAACAACUGACGGGCUUUCGAAACUGAGACAUACUUACAUGCACUCAUCUUCUUCUGUGUCAGUGGCCAUGUUUCACAUCUUUUGUUGUGAUUUUUGCUCAGGGAUAUGAUGAGGAAGAUGGUGAAACAGAUGAGGCCUGGAAGCGGAUGA